AUGACGGCUGCUGUCCACAUGCCACCGAUCCCUUCCAACGGAUCCUUCACCAACCCCUAUGCUGUCGACGUGGUCAAGACCAUGAAAGGUGAACUUAUCGAUGGAAUCCAAGAUCCUGACAACCUGGUCAGCUGGCUGGUGGAUCAUGACAUCUUCACAGCGGACAAAAAAAUGAUCAUGUCCUACUACCGGACCAGGACGGAGAAGAACUCCAGACUGCUGGACAUCCUCAUGUCUAAAGGUGAGAGGGCUUGUCGCCUCUUUUUCUUCCCAUGCCUCAAGCAAAUCGAGCCCGACCUAUACAACCACGUCAAGGGCUACGUCAAUCAGCUGAACGAAUCAGUGGGAGAUGGCAGGAGGCAGCUGGUGGGCUACUUGUUGGAACGAGACAAAGACUAUAAGGAGAUCCCGGUCACGGAACCGCCAGAGAAAGUCGCUCGCAAAGAGAGCGUGCCCAAAAAAACAAGCACGCCGGCUCCAAAACCAAAACCGACUCCCCAAGCGAAAGAGAAGAAGAGGCCUCCGUCUGAAGCGCCUAAGCCAAAGGUCGUAAGUUCUGAAGGGGUGUUUGAUGCGGUCAGCAAAGGGGACCUGUCUAUGCUAGAGUCCCUGUUGAAGAAUUCCGAUGUCAACGCUGUAAAUUCAUCUGGAGAAACGUUAUUGCACGUGGCAGCGUCCAAUGGGCACGUUCCCGUGAUCCGGUUCCUCAUUUCGAAGGGGGCCAAAGUGGACGCCAAAGACAGGAAACGCAGGACGCCUCUGCACAGGGCAGCCGAGAACGGUCACGAGGAAGCGGUGAAGGUCUUACUCCAAGCCGGGGCAAAUAUUUAUUCCCAGGACACCGAUUGCCUGACCCCCAUGCACCUGGCUGUGCAGAACAAUCAUCACAACGUUGUCAAGCUCUUUCUUCAAGAAGAGGGGAAGCGCUACAAAAACAGGACCAACUUUUUGCACAUUGCAGCCGUUAAGGACGAUAGCGGACUGGUGCAAAACCUCCUAAAGAAUGGGGCGUCUGUUGAUGCCGCCGAUGAACAGAAGCAGAGCGCACUGUUUCAUGCGGUCACCGGGGGCCACGAGGCGACGGUGAAAGUGUUGCUCGAGGCCGGAGCCAGUGUUGACGCGAGCAUAAUUGACGCGGCCUUCAAUACGAACAACGAGCACAUCUUUGGCCUCCUCUUGGAAUAUUCUAAAGGACUGUCCCCGGACACCAUGGUCUCCGCCAUGUUUAAAGCCGUCAAGCUGAACCUGUACGGCAUCAUAAACGCUUUGGCCGACAAGGGCACCGACGUCAACGCCAAGAACGACAUCCAGUACACGCCGCUUCUCGUGGCGGCGGAACUAGGGAAAGCGGAGUCAGCUGGGGCGCUGAUCCAGAAAGGGGCCAAGCUGGACGAUAGGACGCCGAACCUGAACACGGCGCUACAUCUAGCCGUUCAAGGAGGAGACGUCUCCACCACCAAACUUCUGCUGCAGAAAGGCACGGACGCCAAUAUAACAGGCCCCGGAGAGCAGACGCCCUUGCACGUGGCGGCCUUUCAUAACAAGCGAGAACUGAGCGAUAUUUUGAUCGACGCGGGGGCGAACGUCAAUGCCGCCACGAAGGAAUCGGUCACCCCAUUGCAUAUCGCCAGCCAGAGGAACAACACGGACGUGGCCCAGAGCCUCCUGGAACACAAAGCCAGCGUUAACGCCAAAGACAAGCACUCACGAACGCCGCUGCACUAUGCCGCGGAGGGAGGAGGAGACGGCGGUCUCACGAGGCUGCUUCUUAGUAACAAGGCCGACCCUAACGUCCCCGACAAAGACAAGAAGACCCCCCUCCACGUCGCUGCAGCUGCAGGGAAUUUUGACGCCGUGGAAGCCAUGCUGGCCAACAAGGCCCGAUACGGGGCAAAAGAUAUGGACGGGUGCACGCCCAUCCACUACGCCGUCAUCUCCGGCAACGCGGACGCGGUGAAGUCUCUCCUGAAAGCCGGGAAAAAUAAAAACGUAGAAGAUAAAAAUACCUGGAGGAAAACGCCCUUGCACCUCGCCGCUGAGCACGGCCACAGCGACCUGGUCAAUCUGUUGUUAACCAGCGGGGCGGCCACUGACCCCCUGGACAACAACAGGGACACGCCGCUGCACUGCGCCUGCAGAUCGGGACACCUGAAAUGUGUGCAGACCCUGGCGAGCUGGUCGCAGGGCCAGAAGGCCAAUUUACAGGCCACCAACAGCCUGAAGAAGACCCCCCUUCAGGUGGCAGAAACCGGUACCACCGAAAGCCACCAGGAAAUAGUGACUUACCUGAAAAAGAAAAUGCUGAUUAUUAAAUAG